AUGGCCGCGCCAGUGCCGGUUGAUCGUCUACCGCCCACAACAACGGCGUACGUCAUUGCGACCGCCAUCAUCGCCGGCGUGACGGGUUACUUCAUCGGCCAAGGCGCCUCGCUCAACCUCUUCAAAGAAAAGCAAGGCUGGCCCAACGGCUACGAUGUCAAAGUCCACGCCGACUCCUCCGACGAAGAAGAUGACUCUGAGGAAGAGGAGGACAGCGAGGAUGAGGGCAAUGGCGAGGAGCUGGCCAACUUCAAGGAGAACCGCGAAGAAGUUAAGCUAGUGCUAGUCGUCCGAACAGAUCUCGGCAUGACCAAGGGUAAAAUCGCUGCCCAAGCCUCCCACGCGACCCUCGCCUGCUACAAAUAUUUCCUCGCCCAUGCACCUGAUUCCCCGAUUCUGCGCCAGUGGGAGCACGGCGGCCAGGCCAAGAUCGCCGUCCAGACCAAGUCGGAGGAUGAGCUCUUGACUUUGCAGGCACAGGCAAUGAGCCUGGGGCUUUGCGCGCGUGUCAUCCAGGACGCGGGACGCACUCAGAUUGCUAGUGGAAGCCGGACAGUACUGGGUGUCCUAGGACCUAAGAGCGUGGUGGAUGGAGUGACUGGCCAUUUGAAGCUACUGUAA